GGCCACUGACCGCAAAUAAAACUGCCUAUUUGAUUUGUUGCGUUUGUCACCAAAGACAUCUAAAUUAUUUGGGACAAAAUAAGAUAUUUAUAAGUAAAAUCCGGAAGAUCCGUAUCUGUAAGUUGUAACAACAGAGAAGCCAUGGAGGAACCCAAAGCACCGCCGGCAAGGGAAAGAAGAGGAAGCUUGUUUGAGGUCAAGUCCUCAAAACCCAAGAUAUGUGGGUCCAGUGUGAUGACCAUGGCCGUCCAGCCGGAGUCAAGUUACGAGGACGUCAGUUUCAGAAGACCACCACUGAAAAUGGAGUACGAGAACACUUACAAAACGGCUCCCGACGUUCGAUUUCAGGUAGGUAAAGUGAAGACCAUAAUUGAUGAAUCCUUGGCCAUGCUGGAGAAGGAGGAGUAUGAGGUGUACCACUGUCGGGAACUGGCCAAACAUCUGUCACAGGAGAUCAAGGACAAGGUGAAGGAAAUAGGGAUGAGCCGUCACAAGAUCAUCUCCUGGGUCACCAUUGGUCAGAAGUGCGACCAAAGCAUGCGCAUUGGCAGCAGGUGCCUGUGGGACGACGGAAAUGACAACUUCGCCUGGGGAGAGUUUGAAAAUCCGUCUCUGCAUGCAACCGCCAUUGUUUACGGCAUUUACCAGGACUAGGCUAAAUCUGGCUUUUGUUACUGAAAGUUUCCCGAGAAUGUUGUGGAAUUAACAUUGAAAAUAACACUUGAGACAAGGAAGAUGACACAUUUUAGUGUUUUCCACCAGAUCCUUGAAAAUUUUAUUCUGCAGACAUAGGGCUGUACAGGAUAUGAAAAUACAUGUUUCAGUUUUUGCUAGUCUAUAUUAAAAAUCUACGGACAUUUGAUGUUAUUUCAUACAGUUGGAAGACAUAAUUCAAAUCUUGGGUAAAAUUUAUUUUAAAAAAAUUGGAUCAGAAAAUUAAUUUGUACAUAUAUUUUUGUUCAUUUUGAAAAUAUAGAGUUUGUUCCUUCA